CGGUUGCCUGGAGACCGCGCAGCCUGGGCUGGGCUGGCGCGUUGGUCUGUGGGUCGCGGCCGGCGGGACUCCGGAGCCAUGGCACCCAAAAAGAAAGGGAAGAAAGGGAAAGCCAAAGGUACCCCGAUUGUUGAUGGUCUCGCUCCGGAGGACAUGAGCAAGGAACAGGUGGAGGAACACAUUGGCCGCAUCCGGGAGGAGCUGGACCGCGAGCGGGCCGAGCGCAACUUCUUCCAGCUGGAGCGCGACAAGAUCCACACUUUCUGGGAGAUCACGUGGAGGCAGCUGGAGGAGAAGAAGGCUGAGUUGAGGAACAAAGACCGGGAGAUGGAGGAGGCCGCGGAGAGGCACCAGGUGGAGAUCAAGGUCUAUAAGCAGAAGGUGAAGCACUUGCUGUAUGAACAUCAGAACAGCUUGAUGGAGAUGAAGGCGGAGGGCACCGUGGUCAUGAAGCUGGCACAGGAGGAGCGCCGCGCGCAGGAGAGUGCCCUGUGCAGGAACACGCGGGCGCUGCAGGUGGAGCUGAAGGAACAGGAGCUGGCCGGUGAGCUGGCGGUGAAGAACCUGAGGCUGAAACACGCCGAGGAGAUCACCAAGAUACGCCAGGACUUUGAGCGGCAGCUGCGAGAAAUCGAGGCCAAGUACGAUAAGAAGGUCAGGAUGCUGAGGGAAGAGCUUGACCUGCGCAGGAAGACAGAGAUCCACGAGGUGGAGGAGAGGAAGAACGGCCAGAUCAGCGUGCUUGUGCAGCGCCACGAGGAGGCCUUCACGGACAUCAGGAACUAUUACAACGGAAUCACCUUCAACAACCUGGCUCUCAUCAACUCCCUCAAGGAGCAGGUGGAGGACGCGCGGAAGAAGGAGAAGCACCUGGAGAAGGAGAUGAUGGAGGUGUCCACGCAGAACAGGCGCCUGGCAGACCCCCUGCAGAAGGCUCGGGACGAGAUGAGCGAGAUGCAGAAGCAGCUCCGGGGCUACGAGAGGGACAAGCAGAUCCUGCUGCGCACGAAAGCCCGUCUGAAAGUCGCUGAGGAGGAGCUGAAGAGCCUGCAGUGGGAGCACGAGGUUCUGGAGCAGCGCUUCAUGCAGGCGAGCUCCCGGGAUGCCUGGGUUCUGGGCUGCGCGCCCAGCUCCGGCCGCUGGAGGUCCCGUGGCCCUCCUCGUGCCGCGCGGCUCUCGGUGCAGCAGGAGCGGGAUGGGCUGUACCAGAAGUUCACCGCAGCCAUCCUGGAGGUGCAGCAGAAGGUGGGCCUCAAGAACGUCGUCUUGGAGCGCAAGGUACAGGCACUGGCCGCUGUGGUGGAGAAGAAGGAGGUGCAGUUCAACGAGGUGCUGGCGGCCUCCAACCUGGACCCUGCGGCCCUGACCCUCGUGUCCCGCAAGCUAGAGGACCUUCUGGAAUCGAAGAACAGCACCAUCAAAGACCUGCAGUAUGAGCUGGCCCGGGUCUGCAAGGCCCACAAUGACUUGCUGCGUACCUAUGAGGCGAAGCUCCUGGCCUUUGGGGUCCCCCUGGACAACGUGGGCUUCAAGCCCCUGGAGACGGCCGUGAUCGGGCAGACGCUGGGCCAGGGCCCCGCAGGACUCGUGAGCACCCCAACGUAGCCCCUGCCCGGACGACACCCCCCUCAAGCGCCGAGGACAGCAGGUAUUUGUUCUGAAGACGUGCGUCGUCAGCAAAUGAAGGUUUUCCCAAGUGCUGCAUGUCCUGUUGCGUGGCUGUGUGGAGAGGCCCCCAGGGCCCACGGUGCCGUCCGGCCCCUUGCCCGAGCCCACCAGCUCUGUGCGCACGCCCGCCCCCAUCCCACCUGGGGCUGGGCAGCUCCAGCCGCCUCACAGAUGCCAGCAGCUUUAUUGAAGCCCGAGUGACAGCUGCCACUGGGAAAUCGGGGCCAGAACGUCCCCGGGAAGUGUGACCCUGGUGCCCGCGAGCAACAAGCCUGCCCUGCUGGUCGGGGGCGGCUCAGCCUGCCGUGGUGACGGGUCCGGGCUCGCAGGCCGGCUGCCGGUCAGCCGCUAGCUCCCUCGGUACGUGGUAUAAGACCACGGGCUCAGCAGCAGCGGCACGUGCAACUUGUGGGUCUCGUUUGUGAUGGUGAAAACGACCUGCGGGCAGAGGGGACACCAGGAGAGCCAGGGGCCAGCAUGGAGUGCACUCAGCCUGGCCCCAGUGCUGCCGUGGACUCAGCAGCCCAGACGGCUGGCCUGGGGCUGCAGUUGGGGGGCAGGAGCCCCAGGGCCAGCUGGGGGGGCGGUGGGUGUGGCUGGGUCCUCCCCAGAGAAAGCACUCGAUCUGAGGGGCCCUGGGUCUGCAGGUUCCCAAGGGGUCCCGCCCGAACAGGGCAACUGAAGGGGCACAGUGAGCUGGACGGGGCUCGGGUGAGCCUCUGUCUGCAGGGGCUGAGUCAGCCUGACCCCGGAGCAGGGCAGGGACAGGUGUGACGUGGUCAAGUCCGGCACCCCUUUCUUCUGGGAGCCCAAAGCAGGCGCGACGUGGUGGAGGCGCAGGGCCAGCCUGCGGGUCACAGUGAGUCGUGGGCCCCCACCCGUCUGGCCCUCACCUCCACGUACGGGUAGAAGCUCUCCUGGCCCCGCUUCUGCCAGUAGCCCUCAGUGUCGAAGGCCAGCUUGUAGGUGCCCGCCUUCAUCUGGCCUGGCAGCAGGAGCCCAGGGCAGCGGCCGUCAGGGUCCGUGUAGCUGGGGAGAGGAAGUGGGGGCACUGCAGAGGGGGCUGAGGGGCCCCCGGGGCUGCGUGCCCACCGACCUCCGAUGUCCCUGCAGCCUGACUGGGACUCGGGUGAGCGGGCCUGGGCGGCUGUGGAGCAGGACAGCCUCCAGGACCUGGGGCUCUGGGGCAGCCCAGGGACACUGCGCACUGUUUAAGAAAUCACCGAGAAGCAGAAGGCAGAAAAUUCCCACCAUCUACCCCGUGAGCAAUAAUCGCUUUAUAUCUGGCAUGUAUACUUUUCAGAUUUUCUCUAUGCAUAAAUAUGCUCA